AUGAAGUCGGUGUUCUCCUUACUGGCCUUUGCGCCCACCGCGCUGGCGCAGGCUCAAACAAGCUAUGUCGACUACAACACCGAGCCUCAGCCCAAUUUGACUCCUCAGACGGUGGCUACUAUUGAUCUCUCUUUCCCCGACUGCUCCAAUGGUCCAUUGAGCAAAACUCUGGUCUGCGACUCGUCUGCCAGGCCUCAUGACCGCGCUGCUGCCUUGGUAACGCUGUUCAAUUUUGAAGAGUUAGUUAAUAGCACUGGGAACAACAUACCUGCGAUUCCUCGGCUGGGAUUACCGCGGUAUCAGGUAUGGUCUGAAGCUCUCCACGGAUUAGACAGAGCGAAUUUUACCCACUCUGAUGAGUACAGCUGGGCAACUUCUUUCCCAUCUCCCAUCCUCAGCAUGGCUGCCCUGAAUCGGACCUUGAUCAACCAGAUCGGUGACAUCAUCUCCACCCAAGGUCGCGCUCUGAACAACGUGGGUCGAUAUGGGUUGGAUGUCUAUGCGCCCAAUAUCAACACCUUCCGUCAUCCGGUCUGGGGUCGUGGUCAAGAAACUCCCAGUGAAGACGUAUUCCUCGCGUCCGCAUACGCCUACGAAUACAUCACCGGAAUUCAGGGAGGCGUGGACCCUGAGCACCUGAAGUUGGUCGCAACCGCAAAGCAUUAUGCGGGUUAUGACAUUGAGAACUGGGACAACCACUCUCGUCUCGGAAACGACAUGAACAUUACGCAGCAAGAUCUAGCCGAAUACUACACUCCACAAUUCGUCACUGCUGUCCGAGAUGCUCGGGUACACAGUGUCAUGUCUUCAUACAAUGCUGUCAAUGGUGUACCAAGCUCGGCCAACUCUUUCCUGCUUCAGACGCUCCUCCGUGACAGCUGGAACUUUGUCGAGGAUGGUUACGUCUCUUCGGACUGCGACGCUGUGUACAACGUCUUCAAUCCCCAUGAGUACGCUGGGAAUGUGUCUAGCGCCGCAGCAGACUCAAUCCGUGCUGGUACUGAUAUUGAUUGUGGUACUUCAUAUCAGUACUACCUCAAUGAGUCCUUCGCCCAGGGCGAGAUCUCUCGCAGUGAAAUUGAGCGUGGCGUUAUUCGUCUGUAUUCCAACCUGGCCAGCUUGGGAUACUUUGAUGGUAAGGACAGCAAGUAUCGGAACCUUGAUUGGUCCGACGUUGUCAAAACCGACGCCUUGAACAUCUCGUACGAGGCUGCAGUAGAGAGCAUUGUUCUUCUCAAGAAUGACGGCACUCUGCCACUGUCCAAGAACACCAGCAGUGUUGCUUUGAUUGGGCCAUGGGCGAACUUCACUCAAGGGCUUGUCGGCAAUUACUUUGAUGCUGCAAAUGCCCCAUACCUGACCACACCGCUCGCCGCACUGCAGCAAUCGAGUCUCGACGUCAACUAUGCUUUUGGCACCAACAUCUCCUCACACACUACAGAUGACUUUGAGGCUGCCAUCGCCGCUGCGAAGAAGUCAGAUGUCAUUGUUUUCGCUGGUGGAAUCGAUAACACUGUCGAAGCUGAAGGCUUGGACCGCAUGAACAUCACUUGGCCUGGUAACCAGCUUGAUCUCAUCAAACAGUUGAGCCAGCUAGGCAAGCCCUUGAUUGUUCUGCAGAUGGGCGGUGGCCAAGUCGACUCGUCGUCUCUAGAGGCCAACAAAAAUGUCAACGCCCUUGUGUGGGGCGGUUAUCCUGGACAGUCCGGUGGUCUUGCAUUGCUGGAUAUCAUUACCGGCAAGCGAGCACCCGCUGGCCGUCUGACAGUAACCCAGUAUCCCGCCAAGUAUGCCACGCAGUUCCCGGCUACCGAUAUGAACCUGCGCCCCAGCGGCGACAACCCAGGCCAGACCUACAAGUGGUACACAGGAAAGCCCGUGUAUGAGUUCGGACAUGGACUGUUCUACACUAAAUUCAAGGUAUCUCUCGCACGCUCCCGAUCGACCAGUAACGGAACCGCCUUCGACAUAGUCAAGCUUCUGUCACGAUCCCACGCUGGCUAUAAUGUGGCUGAGCAACUCCCUUUCAUGAACUAUACCGUCGAUGUUACCAACGCGGGCAGUCUCCUUUCAGAUUACACUGCCAUGGCAUUUGUGAACACAACUGCCGGGCCAAGCCCUUACCCCAACAAGUGGCUUGUCGGUUUUGAUCGUCUCGGCUCUAUCAAACCUCACGGCUCUCAGACCAUGUCGAUCCCAAUCUCGCUGGACAAUGUCGCUAGAACAGAUGAAUCCGGCAACCGCAUUGUUUAUCCCGGGAGAUAUGAGCUUGCGCUGAACAAUGAGCGCUCUGCUGUGAUGUCCUUUACUUUGACUGGUAACGCAACGACUAUUGCUAGCUGGCCCAAGGAAGAGCAGCAGGUUUCUCCUGCAUAG